AGGGCCUCCCCACCCUCCCAGGGAAGAAUUCCUUCCUGAUAUCCCAUCUAACCCUGCCCUCUGGCAGUUUGAAGUGCAAUAAUCGGGUUUUUCAUGGCAUCUUAAAUAAACUCCACUCAAGUAGGCUCCUCUGCAUCUGCUUUGGGUGGUGGGAGCAGUGCCUGCCCCUCAUCAGCAGGAUCCCUUCCUUCCGCAGGGUUUGUGGAAGACAAGGAGCAUUCCCACGUCCCCACUUUUAUCCGCGUGUCCUUUUCCAGCCCUUCUCCCGUGCAGGACUGGGGCAGGAGUUUGUCACUAGGGGUCAGUGCCACAUCUCCGUUGUGGCUUCGCAAAUCGCUGCCUCUCCCGGUGCUGCCGGAUUGACGCUGGAGCGUCACCAUCGAGGCGCUGGAGGUCAGGAACAUCUUCCCACUGGGAUCCUGAUGGGAUGCUGCUGGAUGAGGGGCUGUUUAGCUGGGGACUGCUGGCUCUCUCCACAACACCACCAGUGGGAUCCAUCAGCUCCAGCCUCCCAGGUUGGGUUGGGAUGCCCGGAGCUUUGGGCUGAGUCCCCCUUGCAGGUACCAGCACAGAGAUGUGGGAAAGGGAUGUGCUUAUCCAUGUCCCACCACUGCCAGAAUCCAGCUGGAUGGGCAGCUGUGGGUUUGCUCUGGAUGCAGGUCAGGGUCCUGGACCACAUCAGGUGGCUUUAGGUUCAUUGGGGUUUUAUUUUUCAGUACAAAAUGUCUUUUCCAUUGUGUAACCCAAACAGACACUGGGGGAAACCCGUGGAGGCAGAAAUGUGCCAGGAUAUGUAUGGACAGGGUGAAAACAUCAGGGAUGCUGAGGGCAGUGUGAGGGGAUCUGCAUCCCAAAGUUUCCUCAUCCAGCAGAGGAAACGCUCCAGCACGUGGCUGUUUCCAGCAACUCCAGCUCUGGCGACAGAGCGGGGUGGAAAGAAACACUCUGAGGGUGUUCAUGGAAUCAGAGCCAUGGAGUGGUCUGGGUUGAAAGGGGCCUUUAAAGGGCAUCCAGUCCCACCCUGCCACGGGCAGGGACACUUUCCACUGGACAAGGCUGCUCUGAUUCCCAUCCAGCCUGGCCUGGAAUUACAGCCUUGGGUGAGAAGCGAAGCAGAGGAGGCAGAGCUCGUGUUCUGGGGGGCGGCUGUGAGGGACAGAGUGAUUCCCAGGAGGCUGGAGGAGCGGGAUCUGUCCUGUCCCAGGAGGCUGGAGGAGCAGGAUGCUGGGGUCUGCGUCAGCAGGCCCUGUUGUCAGCAAUGCUGCUGCUCAAGUGAGGUGAGAUCACCAGGGACACUGAUGUUAUCAGCUCCUUCUUCAAGCAUUUAACAAUAAAAGCCGUGUUUGUGUGGGUAAACCACAGCUCUUCCUCCUUCAGUGGUGCUGGGGGGGCUCAGCUGAAGAUUUCCUGACUGAUAUGGAUCAACAACAGCUAUCAGACCAAACUCUUCUGCUAGGACUUGAUUUCAGGGGACAUUUGGAUGUGCUCAGGAGCCUUUCAAGGGGUGUUUAAAUUAUCAAAAGAUCAAACAAAGAUACACACCCCCCCCAAAAAAAGGAUUAUGUGCUUGUCCCGAAAGCAAAACAAUUUAUUGUCCAAAACCACAGGAAAUUCUCCAUGCACUCCUUGUUGGCCCCUUCCAACUCAGGAUGUUCUGUGAUUCUCUGGUCUGUCCCCAUCCUCAAGGAUCACCCACAAAGCCAUCAUCAUCAUCAGUUAGGAGGGAGGAAGGCUGGCAACAGUGCUCACUGCAGGGCAGAGGAAAUAUUAAAGGUGUGUGUUGUGUUUUCCAUGUUUAAAAGCUGUCAGAGGGAUCAUUAUGGAGGUGCCCUCUGAUCUCCAAACUAUGGGACAUCAGAAGCAAUCAGCUUCUUCCAGGUUUUUCACCCUUUGAGCAGAACCAGGGUGGUGGGAUACAAGCCCUUGUGAUGGAAGAUGGAUUUUCCAAACUGGCCAAGAACCUCCAAAUUCUCAGCCCAUCCUGGACCACUGCUGGAUGGUCACAGUCCCUCCUGGCAAGCCUCAUUCCGUGGCCAGGCUCUGGUCUGGGAUACAGCUGCAGGAUGGUGGAAGAGGCGGCAGCAGCAGGGAGGAGGCAGGAGAGGACACGGUCCCCAGGAGGGAGAUGCUGCCAGGCAGCAGCAGGGCCACGGCAAGGACAGAUCUGCCUGGACAGAUUCCAGCAGCGCUGCCAGGAUGUGGAGCAGGACAAGAUCUGACCUGCAGCCUCUCCUGGCACUGCACCCGUGGCUGUGCCCUCCUGCUCCAUUCCCAAGCCAGGUUCAUGCAGGGGCCUCACUGCUCGUGACUCGCACCCAGAGGGUGAAAUCAAAGUCCGGGCUGGAAGAGCAGCAACCACCACGGACCAUCCCACGUCUGAUUCCCAGGGAAUGGGAAAGGCUUCCUAACACAGCCCAGCCAGCCCUGGCUCCUGAUGGCAGAGCUUCAACUAUUCCCCUGGCAAGCCGUGUCCUGCCGUGUCGGAGGGGCCAGCUGGCUGCAAUUCCCAGCUUUUCCCCCUGGGAGGACACCCCCUACAUCCCUCAUCCCCACAAGUCAGUUGUGGAUCAUCUUGGAGCUCUGGCUGGAUUUCUCCAGUCCUUCCGGUUGGUUUUCCGGUUGGAUGUCCCCCAGCUGGAUGAAAAAACCCUGGGGGGUUGUGCUCCAUCCAGCCCUCUGCCUGGAUAUGCAUUUUGGAUGAAGGAUGGAGCAGGGCACAGCAGGGAUACAGGGUCCAACCCCACCCCAGCAUCCUCCAGCUCACCCUCCCGGCACACCCAGCUCCAUCUGCGAGGAAGAACGAGCAGCAGGAGGGCUGCACCUCCAUGGAAUCAUGGAAUAUUUAGGUUGGAAGAGACCUUAAAGCCCACUUAUUCCAUGGGAAGGGACACCUUGCACUAGACCAGGAUGGUCAGGUUGUUGUUUUUCGGUCAGAGUAAGAGAAAAACAGAGUUACAUGAGAAAGAGCCCUUCUAAGUGAGGAGGUCACACCCACAGCUAAAAAAAACUUGUUAGGCUUGAGAAAUGGAGAGUUUAUGGUAAUCUGGGGACAACUCACAUGAGACCUUCACCGCCCUGCAAUGCUGAAGCCAAAAGCCAGAAUGAAAAUUAUUAUUAUUCAUUUAUUGCAUAAAAACUUGAAAA